GCAACCCUCAUCAACAUCAACAUCAACAGAGAAAUGGGACGAAUCACCGAGGACAUGGUCCGCCGGCGCGCGGAACACAACAACUGCGAGAUCUACUCGCUCGAGGAGCUGUCGCUCCAUCAACAGGACAUCGAACGGCUGGAGCACGUGGACCGGUGGUGUCGCGACCUGCGGAUUCUCUACUUACAGAACAACCUCAUUCCACGAAUAGAGAACGUGGGGAGGCUGAAGAAGCUGGAGUACUUGAACCUGGCUCUGAACAACAUCGAGGUCAUAGAGAACUUGGAGGGGUGUGAGAGCCUCCAGAAGUUGGACUUGACGGUGAACUUCGUGUGGAGUCUGAGCAGCGUGGGCAGCCUGCGUAGCAACACGCAUCUGAGGGAGCUUCACCUGGUGGGGAACCCCUGUAGCCAAUACGAAGGGUACAGGCAAUACGUCAUCACUACACUACCACAACUACAGUCAUUGGAUGGUGAGCCCAUCAAGAGGGCGGAGCGAAUCCGAGCAGAGCAGGGAUUGGAGAAGCUGAGGAGGCGGAUCCAGGAACAGCAGGCUGACCAAUGGCAGAAGAGGGAACAGGAGAAGAAGGCGGGGCAAGAGAAAAACACACCCAUCACACAAGAAGAUGGAAGUGACGAAGAGAGUCCAGAGAGCGAGGCGGAGCGUCUGCAGCGGGAAAAGGAAUUCUGGGAAACUCCAUGUGACUACACUCCAGAGUCCAGAAUGGAGGCCCAUCGACACAUGGAGGAGAAGAGACGCCAGAGCUCUGGAGAACCGGAGAAGACACCAAAGAAAACAAGAACUCUAAUGACUGAAGAUGGAAGAGCACUGAACGUCAAUGAGCCCAAGCUGGACUUCACACUGACAGAAGAUGAGGACAACAACUGCAUUCAGCUGGACUUGCACGUCUACAGGCAUCUGGACACGUCUCUGAUGGAGGUGGAUGUUCAGCCUACAUACGUUAGAGUCAUGGUCAAAGGAAAGGUGUUCCAGUUGUGUCUGUUUGCAGAGGUGAAGCCAGACAGCAGCUCUGCCCAGAGAUCCCAAACUACAGGACACCUGCUAAUCACCAUGCCCCUGCUUCAUGGGGAAGUGAAACCGAAGAAGCUGCCUCCAAAAAAGCCCUUGGUCUCCCAUAGCAACCAGGUGGACGAGGACAAGAAGAGGAAAGGGGAGUGGCUGGAGGUGGAUCCGAGUAAGGCCCCCCUGGAUCUUAGCAACAUCGCCACGACGACCCCCAGCGGCCCACAGUUGCUACGGAAACCACCAGCUGUACCUGCUGUCUCCAAGGACUUCAUAGACAAUCCAGAUGUCCCACCUCUGAUGUGACACCUGCUAGGCUGCCCCAGCGUGUGUGUGUGUGUGUGUGUGUGUGUGUGUGUGUGUGUGUGUGUGUGUGCGUGUGCGUGUGUGUGCGUGUGAGCAUGCAUGUGUAAGUGUGUGUGUGUGUGCACAUGUGCGUAAGUAUGUGUGUGUGUGUGUGUGCACAUGUGUGUGUGUGUGUGCACAUGUGCGUGCGUGUGUGUGUGUGCUUAAGUAUGUGUGUGUGUAUGCGUGACUGUGUGUGUGCGUGCGUGUGUGCAUGUGUGUGCCUGUGUGUGUGAGUGUGUGUGAGGGAGCAUAUCAUUAAAAGUCUGAUUUGUAUAAGGAGCUUGUGAACGUGUGUAUGAACUGUGUAUGAACUGUGUGAUCAUAUGGUUAGUAAUGUAACCAGUGUGUUGGUGUGCUUGAUCAUAGGAUUAGCUAGCAGCAAAUGAAAGGUGUGUGUGUGUGAGAGAGAGAGAGAGAGAGAGAGUAAGACAGGGAGGCAGAGGGAGCGAGAGAGAGAGAG